AUGACAACCACCCUCCCCGACGCCAUAACGCUCCACCCAGACGAGCAGCUCCGCCUACAAGAGCUACUACAAUCCCGCCGCAACCACCGCCCCACCCACCGCAGCAACACGGAAUCACCCGCCGUCGUCGACGACGACAACGACCACGACGACCACCACCCCCGCCACCACCCCCGCCACCUCCCCGCCCCGCCCACACCACCACCACCCACCACCGAAAACUCAACCCCCUCCUCGCGGUCCCCCAGCACAAGCACAAGCACAAGCCACCGCCCCAGCCCCGUCCCGCUCCCGCCGCCGCCGCCGCCGCCGCCGAGCGCCACCACCACUAGCAGCAGCAGCAGCACCACCAGCACCAGCAACUCGCCGCACCCGCACCCACACCCCCGCAGCCCCCCAAUAGCCGCCAUGCUGCUGCGCAAAGGCGGCGAGGCGGCCGCGAAGCGCGGGCAGCACAAUUACUACAAACUGCCUUCCGGCGGCAGCGGCAGCAGUCCUGGUGCUGGUGCUGGUGUGAUGGCGGCAGAAGCUCCUCCAGGGGCGGCCGGGUCGACGGGGCGGUGGAGCGGGUGGAUGAAGGGGGUGAUGCGGCGGCCGGUGUCGGUGCAGCAGUCGGUGUCGGGGCCGCCGGCGCCGCCACCGCCGACGCCGUCGACGGGGGAGGGGGCGUCGACACCGGCGGAUGGGGAGAGGGGUUGA